UAUCCCUGAAACUCUUCACCGCUGCAUUGGAAGACGUUUUCAAGCUACUGGCUGGAAAGGAUACGGUAUUGACGUCAAUGGCGAGUAAACCACUCACUUUCGAUUUGCCGACGAUAUAGUUCUUAUGGCAGAAUCGCUGGAGUACCUAAGCGCUAUGCUCAAUGAUCUCUCAUGGUCUCCCAACGGAUAGGUCUUAAGAUGAACAUGUACAAAACAAAAAUCAUGUUUAACGCCCAUGUCACACCUAUACCGGUAGUUGUUGGGAGCACUAAGCUCGAAGUUGUUGACGAAUAUGUUUACCUGGGACAAAUAGUCCGACUAGGUAAGUCCAACUUCGACCGAGAGGUCAAUCGACGUAUUCAAAUCGGCUGGGCAGCGUUCGGGAGAUUACGACACAUCUUCUCGUUAGACAUACCUCAAAACUAGAUUGUUCAACCAGUGCUGCCCUAUGGAACUGAGACGUGGUCUUUCACUGCUGGCCGUAUGAGGAAGCUCAAAGCCGCUCAGCGAGCUAUGGAGAGGGCUAUGCUCGGGGUUUCUCUGGGUGAUAGACUUAAAAAUGAGGAUAUCUGCAGUAGAACCAGAGUAACCGACAUAGCCUAAAGAAUUAGUAUGCUGAAGUGACAAUGGGCCGGUCAUAUAGCUUAAAGAACUGACAACCGAUGGGGAAGAAAGGUUCUCGAGUGGCAGCUUCGUACCUGCAGGCGAAGUGUAGGGCGUCCCCACGCUAGAUUGAGUGACGACCUGGUAAGACGUGUAGAAAGUCAAUGGGUGCAGGUGGCUCGGGACCGUGCUUUGUGGCUUUCCUUGGGGGAGGCCUAUGUUCAGCAGUGGACUUGUGUCUGGCUGUAAUAAUAAUAAUAAUAUGGAAUCAACUUAUUUGCCUACCGAACGACCCUUACGAAUGUAUACGAAUGUACGUGCGCAGUAAAAUCUGUUAAAAUAAUGCAUUAACACACAUUUUGAAAUUAAAAAUAUAUCUUUUGAUAAAAAGACAGAUUGUUUGAGAUUUUUUUUUAAUUAAAUUUCUUGACCAUUUGCUUAUAUUAUUUAUUCUGAACCUUCUCUGCUUUGGACGGUUAUUACAAAAUAACCCUGUAUACAGGCCCGCGGCUGUGCGAAGGCCAUUCUUUUAUUACUGAGAGAGUUACGUAAAUGUACAUAUAUUAUACUAGCUUAGUUUCUGGAUGGUCUGGACAAUUAUUGGGUACAAUAGGUGAAUAAAGUGGAAACGUAUGAGAUAUAAUAUAUAGGAAGAUGUUGCCGCUCAUCGUCUGGUUUGUUUUCUCCUGUUAACUCUUACGUCACCCACGGGGUGAUAUGCGGGAGUGGAUACCGCAAUUAAACGAUCAACUAUUACGGUUCUUCUUCUUCAUCAGCUGGUAAAAGUCUACCGCUAAACGGAGGAACAGUUUCGUUACAAGAAGGAUUGCCUUAUUCAUCAAACUUUGCUAUUGACAAUCGCAGUACCAGACGUCUCGCAUCUUUGUCACUGCUGCCCGUCAUUGUUCCUGAAUUUAGCGUAAUCUUGACGUAAAAGAGAUGACUAGAAAGUCAUUUAUAGCAAUUUUCGCCGUGAUUUUUGUGGCAUUUCCUGUAGAUAGAUAAAUAUAUAGACAAUACUUUAUUGCACACACCAAAACACAAAGUUAGAGACAAAAACAUACAAAAUGUUAAAAAGUUCAAUAAGCGUUCUUACAGUCUUACGUAUAGAGUCGCCUCUUGAGGUGACGGAUUAUCUUACGCACGGCCUGCCAAUGUUUGAUGUGCAUUAAAAUUUCAGAUUCAACAAAACGGAAGAGAAUGUGGAAAUAAAAGAACUAGUGAUAGAGAUGACAACACAUCGUCUCCACUACAAUACCUCUCUCCAAUGCGACGAUAUCGUUUACUAUCCAACAUCGUUCAAAAACAACAAAUUCCCAGUAAGGCCGAAGAAUUUUACUUUCGAAGAAACUUCUAAACAAGAAGCUGGAAGUUCUAUUAGAAACAGCGUUGAAAUAAAUAUGAAAGGAAGAAAAGAGCACAUAACGUACAAACUAAACGCACCUCAAACUGAUUUGGUCGCAUUUGGCGUCUGGGGUAGAAUUUAUAAUAAAGAUGUAAAUCAUAAUAAACCACCAACAGAAGACGAUUUGCAGAACUAUUUGGAGAUAGAAGACUGGAUUUAUAAGAAAGAAAAGAACCAGGAUUAAUCUUUUAGACUAAGCGACAAGACUGAGAGUAGAACAGAGCUUUAGUCAAAUCUUAUUUAAUUUACAAUAAAAUAAGUGUAACAACAUACGAGUAUUUCUGUAGUACAUAUUGGUCAUCAAUUUCAAAAUAAGUUGUGCUUAGGAAAUAAUUCAGUUUAAUUACAUAUAUUUUUUUAUAAAUUCGUAUAUUGUCUUUAUUCUAUAAUAAAGUUAAUAAUUAGUCUGUUAACACUUAACUGUGCUGUGAAUAUAUUAUAUACCUUUAACAAGUUCUGAAGAUCGUUCCUGAUUAUUAAGAUUUUUAAUUAGCUAUUAUUAUUAUAACAGAACUAAACUAGUUGGUAGGACUUCUUUUCUGACUAAUAGUUCAUUAGUUUGGGUACCCCACCUUUUUACCUUUAUUAUAAAAAAUAGCGGAGCUUGCACUACUGUGUUCUCUUCUGAAAGAUAUAGAUUUGGGGAAGAAUAGAUCCAACUUAAUCACAGUGUGGGCAAAAGUUCGAGGAAAAUAUGUUAAUUCGAGCUAAGUGAGCAAGAGUUAUAUGGUGACCGAACCGCAGUUGAUUUAUUCAUUUCUUUUUCUAACAACUUCAAAAAGGAGAUGGUACUCAAUUCGACUGUCUGUUUUUUUAAUGCGUGUAACUUCAUAACUUUUUACUGAGUGUACCGAUUUCGAUGAUUCUUUUUUCAUUUGAAAGAAAGCAUGUGGUCCAAUAUAAAUUUGAUUAAGGUCUGACCAAUAGUUUUUAAAUUAUUCUUGAUAAUUUAUAUUGAAGUCGGUUGUACAAAAUUUUUAAUUUUAAAUUAUCAUUCGCAGAUAUUUAUAGUCAUGACUUGCUUUUUUCAACUUAACUUUACAGGUAUUUCGUACUGGAUACCUUCUCCCACAUAUCUUUCCAUAAUAAACGGAUAUUCUUUCUUAUUUCGGCGACAGUCAGUAAAAGGAAAUAGGUAAAAUAUGGUUUACAUCAAGUGAUUAUUCCUUCACAUGCAGUCUUAUCGGCGAUUUAAAGGAUAUAUUCACAGUAUAAUUAUUGGCUUUGAGGCGUUCCGUCUUAGUCAUCAGAGGCGACAAUGCAUCUGUAGUCUUCUCUGUUUUAAGUUGGUUACUGGUUUUCAUGGAAUGCAGUAGUUAACUACCAUGGAGGUGACUGUAAGUUGGUCUGUUACUUUAAUUAAAAAAAAACAGUUUGAACUAGUCUGUCACACUAAUGAAAUAAAAUAAUUGUUUAUGAAUUAUUAAAUGGCAAUGGAUUUUUAUUCGUCCGGUUUAAUAUUUCUUCUCCUUUAUUACUAUUUCGCCUGGGAUGAUCGUUAAUCACAGUACCAGACUUGACCUUGACGAUUAUGCCCGUCGUCUGCCUGGGUCACAGAUUACCCUCGAACUGUGGUCUGGGUAUUUGAUAUGUAGCGAUUAGAUUUUGAUAUCGUUUAGAUGAUAUACCGCCAUUAAUCGAAAACCAUAAGAUUUCUCUGGCAUUAUCUAUAGUUGCCUCUUACGACACUCUCUUGCCGAAAUGAGGUUAUGGAUUCUCUUGUUCCGCCACGGUUUAAAAUAUUAUAAGAUUAGAUGUUGAAAUUUUCAGAGAAUGUAGCAGCUAGGGGGUAAGAU